GUAAAUAUUUAUUUUUUGAUAUUUUUUAAGACUUUCAUGGAGAAAGCUGGCUUACUUGAAACUAAACUUAUACAGUUAAGAGAAGAAAUUGAUAGACGUGAAAGACUCAGAAUAUUGCAAGCUAAAAUUUUGUUGCGACGAAAAGCAAAAUUUUUUCAAUUUUGUGUGAAUGGGGUGGAAGCUCUGAUAGUUUUGUAUUUAUUUUUUAAAUAA